CGCGGUGCUCAGAACGCGGAACCCGUCGCUGGUCCACGCUAUGAGGACAUAGCCCCGGAUGAUGUCUCGGUCGUGAAGGAGCUUCCUCUUCUCCCUCCACCUCCGCCUACUAGUUCCCCCCCGCCUCCGAAGAAUCUAAAAGCACGGCGGAUUAGCAAGGACAUGGUAUCUAAACCCACAGGCUUCAUACAUCUGGUACACGCGUCUGAUGCAGAGCAAGCUGAGGCUCUCCUCUCGCGCUGGGGGCCCGAGGGUCAGGGAAAACUGGGAGAUCCCAGAUGGGCAGAUCCUAUCAAGAAUCGUCUACGCAAGCUCAACCAGGCGAGAGCCGUGAACGAAGUUGUCGGGGGAUUUAAACCGACUCAGAGCACCUUGACUGUACCGGAUAGGGAGCUCCCCCCGCUACGCGUAGUCAAUGGUCCUGCCCUUAGCACACCCACGUCUUCGACUAUCACAACCGCGGCCAAAGAGAACGUACAGCUGACUUCUACGUCCCCCAUGACUCCGCGCGCUCCCACCCAGGUUCCCGCCGGUCAGCCAGGCAACUCUUCAUUACGUUGGACAGCUGGUCUUCCUGUUCAUCACGAGAACCCGGAGGAAGAUGGGAAGGACUUACAAGAUCCAGAAGCGCGUUCCACGCUCCCGCGCAGACCGCUUCCCCCUCGACCGAUCAACCCAUCUCUGGCAACCUUGGAAAAAGCUGUUGCGGCGCGCAUCUACUUCGAGAACCUGUACUUCCCACUCUUCCGUCAGACACCUUCGCGGGAGCAAAGGCGGCUUGCCAUGGAGAAGGACAUGGUGGAGAUGGGCCUCAGCGAAGCGCAGAAGGAGUAUCUCCGCACGCGCUGGCGGAAGAAUGAGACCGAAUACCUUCGCGAGCUCAGGCGCAAGGUGGACGCCAGCGCGUUCACCAAGCUAAAGACCAUUGGUCACGGUGCUUUCGGCGUCGUGUCUCUUGUUCGUGAGCGUUCGACGGGCCAGCUUUUUGCGAUGAAGCAGCUCCGGAAGACUGACAUGCUGCGCAAGGGACAAGAAGGUCAUGUCCGCGCUGAACGCGACGUUCUAAAAUCGGCGUCGCUCGUCAGCUCACCCAAUGGGGCGGACUGGAUUGUCAGACUGUAUUACAGUUUCCAAGACCGUGACCACCUGUACCUUGUUCUUGAAUACAUGGGCGGCGGCGAUCUCCUCAAUCUUCUCAUCGAGCGUGACAUUUUUGAGGAAGAUUUCGCGCGGUUCUACGUUGCUGAGAUGGUCUUGGCCAUCGAACAAUGCCACAAGCUCGGUUUCAUCCACCGUGACAUUAAGCCGGAUAAUUUCUUGUUUGAUCCUGAUGGACAUAUCAAGCUGAGCGAUUUUGGGCUUGCGACGGACUUGCACUGGGCGCAUGAUACCACUUAUUACGAACAACAACGCCUGCACCUGCUGCACAAGUACGGGAUCGACCUCGAGUCAAGCCAGGGCCCUGCCGAUGGAACGCGGACGCGGCGUUUGGAUCGCAAGGAGGUCGAGCGGCUUAUGGGGGGCGGAGACGGCCAGGGCGGCAUCUUCACCUGGCGCGAGAAGCACGGCAGGAAGCUUGCAUACUCCGUUUGCGGCACAAAUUCCUACAUGUCGCCGGAGGUAAUCCGUGGCCAUGGCUAUACGUACUCGUGUGAUUGGUGGAGCUUGGGUGUGAUCAUGUUCGAGUGUCUGUACGGGUUCCCGCCGUUCGUCAGCAACUCACGCCACGUCACGAGGCAGAAGAUUCUCAACUGGAAACAGUCGCUCAAAUUUCCAUCUCGUCCUCGAGUAUCCCGCGAAGCGAUUGAUCUCAUGCAACAGCUGCUGUGCGAGCCAGAGGACAGGUUAGGUUCACAGGCUUCAUCGUCGACCAAUCGCCCAGAUUCUAUGAUCGUGACCGCGAGGCGAAGUGGUUUCAUGGCUCAGCCCGGUGCUAACGGGAGCGUGGACGGUGCCUAUCUCAUCAAGGCCCACCCCUGGUUCCGGGCUAUUGACUGGGAGAGCAUCCACAAGUACGCCGCCCCCUACCGCCCCGAUCUGCAGCACCCCGAGGAUACACGUCAUUUCGACGACGACAUCCCUGCUGAGCCCCUCGCGCCAGCAAACGGCGCGCCGGCGGACGCUACACGCGAUCCGCUCCUGCGAGACAAGGUGCAUGGACACGAGAUCCUCGAGGUGCGCAAGGCGCUUGCCUUCGCCGGCUUCACACACAAGAGCCCGCGGGUCGUGAGCUACGUCCGCGCCGAGAAGGUUUUCGAACCGGAGCCGGAUACGUACGGCCAGGAAGAGCUAGCCGCGCGCGGCCGCUCGACGAUCCGCGUCAUGGACCACGAUGUCGGCAAGGGACGUGCGAUGUCGAUGUAAACCGCGUUGCCGGGCAUUGAUCGCUGCAGCCUCGCAGUAGAACGUGGCGUGCCAGUCCUGAACAGCCCCGCUGUGGCAGACGCAGCUAUGCCCAGCAUGGGGUCCGACGACGCCGAUACCCCCCACCUUCCCGCGAAACCCUCCCGCUUAUCUUACGACGUCUUUACGCUAUCUUACGACCUGCUCAUGACACGAUUUCCGACCGUCCCACCCCAC